AUCCCCGCAUUUUUUUUACCCCCGCCGGGUUACUCUUCCCUCUAUAUAUGAUGACGUAUACAGGUUGCAGCACACUGCUUUUGCUUGCAUCCGCAGUAAUCGAAUAAUAAUUCUUGGGUCACGUUAGACCACGAGAGAGUGUUCACGAGAGAGAUUGCAGUCACACAGGAAGUUUUACGAAAGGCUCUACUAUGGCAGAAUCUUUAGAGCAGAUGUCAAAAUCCGAUACUAUAAGGCUUCGUGAUCGUCAUAUUGGACAAUCGUGCAAAUUGUUUUACAAAUCAAAUCCAUUGAAAAUUGUGAAGGCCGAAGGACAACACAUGUACGAUGAGAAGGGCAACCGAUACUUAGACUGCAUAAAUAACGUUGCACACGUUGGCCACUGCCAUCCGGACGUCGUGCGAGCUGGACAGAAACAGAUGGCCUUGUUGUCCACGAACAAUCGUUUCCUUCACGAUAACCUGGUGGUAUGCGCGAGUCGACUGGCCUCGCUUCUGCCGGAGCCGCUGUCCGUUUGUUUCCUGGUGAACUCCGGCAGCGAAGCUAACGAUCUUGCUCUUCGUCUUGCUCGGACGCACACGAAGAACGAGGAUGUCAUUACCCUGGAUCACGCUUAUCAUGGACAUUUGACUACGAUAAUCGAUAUCUCGCCAUACAAAUUCAACAAGCCUAAUGGUACUGGCAAGAAAGAUUGGGUGCACGUGGCUCCUUGUCCGGACGUGUACCGUGGAAAAUAUCGCACUACUGACUACGUUGACGAGGACCUUGGUGUUAAAUACGCCGAGGAUGUGAAGCAAAUCUGCAACGACAUCAAGGCUGAAGGACGUGGAGUUUGCGCCUACAUUGCGGAAAGCCUCAUAUCGGUCGGCGGACAGAUUCUGCCGCCGCAGAAUUAUUUCAAAAAUGUAUACAGACACGUACGCGAAGCGGGAGGAGUCUGUAUUGCGGAUGAGGUUCAAGUCGGUUUCGGAAGAGUCGGCACACACAUGUGGGCCUUUCAAUUAUACGGCGAGGAUGUUAUACCAGAUAUAGUUACACUGGGCAAGCCCAUGGGGAACGGUCACCCCGUUGCAGCCGUCAUUACAACGCCAGAAAUCGCGCGUAGUUUCUACGAUACUGGAAUCGAAUACUUCAACACGUAUGGAGGUAAUCCCGUGUCCUGCGCAAUGGCGAACGCAGUAAUGGAGGUCAUUGAACGUGAGAAUCUUCAGGGGAACGCCUUGAAAGUAGGCAAUCAUCUGAUCGCAGAACUUAAGAAAUUGGCGAAGCGACGGAGAAUUAUCGGCGAUGUGCGCGGCGCUGGACUGUUUGUAGGCAUCGAAUUAGUACGCGACAGAAUUAAAAAGAUACCAGCGACGGCGGAGGCAAAGCACGUGGUAUCCAGGAUGAAAGACAAGAAGAUUCUUGUCAGCAGUGAUGGACCCGAUAACAACGUUCUGAAACUGAAGCCGCCGAUGGUCUUCACACUUGAGAAUGCCAAUCAUUUUGUGUCCGUACUCGAUGAAGUACUCGAAGAAGUUGACAUUGAUUUCGACGAGGAAUCCAGUACAACUAUUAUCAAAGCAACGAUCUCAUCCAUAGAAGUCGACAGAAACACUGCGAUUAACAGCGGAAAUUCAUUAUUUGUUCAUGCUAAUUAGGUAGUAAUAUUCAGUAAUGCUAAGUAUAUCGUACAAAUAUUGCAAGUGUUAAAUUUAUAUAAAAUAAUUUUAUAUAAAAAAGUAUUAUUAUUUUUAGGAUAAAUAUUAUUUCUUAUUAUGAUAUUUUUAUACUAUUUUAUCGGAAAUAUACAUAAAUAAAGAUUAAGAUUAUUUUAAAAUAAAAUAAGACAGUAGCAUUAAGAUAUUAUCAAAUAUAAAUUAGUAUGUUUCUACAUAAAUAAAGUUGUUUUUUAUCUCAACCUUUGCUAGAAAAAUAGAAUUUAUUUUGGUAUAAAGAAAUACAUGUUUGUAAUGUAUGUUAUGUGUAAUGUAUAUUGUUCCUGAAAUAUUUUAAUUUUAAUUUUUUUAUUUAUGUAUUGAUAUAACAAUAAUAAACUGAAUUCAAACAAA